GAUUGCAAACUUCAUUACUUCACAAGCCAAAGCAAAACAUUACAAAAAUCCAUCACAACAUUGUGUAAUUUUCCUACGAAAUAGACUUUAAUUUAUUGACCAUACAUAAGUUUAAGCAUGGCCCAAAUUUUAGCAGUCCGCAGAUUAGCAGCACUAUUGAAAAACACACAUCGCUGCCAGUUCCUGCCGGCAUCGGCCAACAUUGCCAGUUCAACGACAAACCAAAGGCAAGAAAAUCGCAAAGAAGAGGUCAACAAUGAACCGAUCAAAUAUUUCGGCAGCCAGGCCUCUCGCUGGACGGCACAGCGUAGCCGGGAGGGUCCCAAGGGACAAGAUAUUCCGUGGUUUCAGCCGUACGUGGUAAACUUUAGUGUGGCAGUAUUUCUCAUUUACUUCUGCAUUUUGCGCGAAGAAAACGACAUUGACGAAGGUUUGGGGCGGUCGCUUUUCGAGCGUUCCGGGCUGGAGGAAAAGCAGCUGAUUCUGAGCUACCACUACAACAAGGAGAACGGUCUACCAACGCUCGAUAUCGAAAACAGGAUGAAAGAGCUGGGCAUGAACUUUGAAGCUGCCAACUAGAGCGGUUUGUUACAAAAAAAAAGUUGAUUUACGUUAAGUGGUUUUGCUGUGUACCAUAAUAUCUAGCCUUUUGGAGUGUAAGCUGUAACACGCGAUAAAAUAAAUUAGUUUCCAAAGUGUAAA